CUGAUCGCAAGGUUUGGUUCCUAGCACCUCAUCCCAUCUGUCGCCCUACCCAGGACCCUGCCUGUGGGCACCUUACCUCAAGGCGAAACGGUGAAUGAAAGAAUGGCGAAAACCGAGCCCAAGAUGGCGCUGAGCUGGGCCUGUCGCCUCUACUGCUGCUGAUCACUUGUGAUAGUUCCUAGUAAUUGUUACUGGCUUGCCGGCACAGCAUCCACCGAGUCGAUAACUGUCAGUUGUGCCGUUUCCAUUGUCGCUACCAUGACCCUCGUCCUAUACUGGUAGGCGAUCCUCUACUAGCAAGAAUUUGCAGUCUACUGUGCGGAAACAGUGGGCAUUCGAUAUCUACUAUUGCUUCUAUUCUUGUGCAUGGGGCUCGGAGCGCUUGGACACUCCCCAAUGUCACCUUCCGGGUCGAUUCCGCCAAGUGCGCCCGUGUGCACGCCAGAUCGGUAGGCUGAGCUGUGUCAUGCUAUCAGGCUGGCAAGGCUUGGUCAAGCAUCAUCACGUUCGCAUGGCUCCCUGUGAUCACUUCUUGCCUGGACAUCGGCUUAUCUGCUAAAGGCGCCGAGCAAGGUUGAGCAGAAAAGGCUACGAAAGGUUUUGACGCCGGCAUUCUGCUAGCCUUGUGCUGAUCCACUGGCUUAAACCUCCCUCGUGGCGGAGGAGUAGGCCUGCAAGCCACCUCUCCACUAUGACACAAUAUUCCACUGCAUAUUUUCAGGAACAGGAAUCGAUGCCGUGUGGAGGAUGUUGAAGUUGCAUUCGGGUUGCCCUUCGUGGGUGGGUUCUACGGCUCCAGGCGACAAUGGUGGUCUUGGAACUAUUCGCAAAGGAAUCCAUUGUGGUCCACCCCAGCUCCGGAUGUGAAGGGAUGCGAUGAGAGGUACAACUCCCGGACAGAGUACAAAAUACGGCUCGCCCGUCCUCCUACUCUCAGUUUUGUUUCUACCACAAUCAAAGUCCAUCACCCCUCGCUUGCACUGUUCAGAGCUCCUUCGCUAAGGCUCUUGUCCAUUCGUUCCCUCGCACGAUUGUCAAUCACUCCCAACACACACCCAAACACAUUCAAAAUGGUUAAGUCAUCCGCCGUUCUGUUGGCUGCUGCCAGCACUGCCGCUGCCGCCAGACUGCCAGCUCGCGCCUUCGGCAACAGCACCGUUGACCCCAUUGGCGGAGCUCAACCUUGGUUGGACUGGACUUCUACCACCACCACCACCACCACCGCUGCCGCUACUACCACCACUCCUGCUAAGGUCUGGGGCGACUGGACUACCACCACUGAGGCCGCCACCACCACCACCACCGAGGAGAAGAAGACCUGGGGUGACUGGACUACCACCACUGAGACUGAGACCACCAAGACCGAGGUUUGGGGUGACUGGACCACCACUGCUCCUGAGUCCCAGAAGACCACUGAGACCAAGAAGACCACUGAGACCAAGGUCUGGGGUGACUGGACCACCACCACCGAGACUCAGCCAGUGACCGAGAAGACCACCGAGACCAAGGUUUGGAACGACUGGACUUCUUCUGCUCCUGCUCCAGCACCAACCAAGUCUACUGCUCCCGCUCCUGCUCCCGUUGAGUCGAAGAGCAAGGUGUGGAACGACUGGACUUCUUCUGCUCCGGCCCCGGCACCAACCACUGCCACCUCCGUUGCUCCGGCUCCUGUCGAGUCGAAGAGCAAGGUCUGGAACGACUGGACUUCGUCUGCCCCGGCUCCGGCUACUUCGGCUCCUGCCUCCACGACCGCCGUCAUCAGCAGCUACACUCCUGUUGCCGCCACCACCUCUGCCCCAGUUGCCACCUACACUGGCGCUGCUACCAACAACAAGCCUGCCGUGGCUCUCCUCGGUGGUCUCGUUGCCUUGGUUGCCCUGGCAUAAAUUGUUUGCUAUUGAACACAGCCAAGAGGCUGAUAAUGAGCGUCUCAAAACCUUUCGAUUCUUGAACUCGGCGGACACGUCGAGAUUUUACAGCCUAUUAUGAACUGUUAUGAUUUGCUCGGCUGUUUAAUCCAACGCAUGCCGAAGCGUUACGUUCCUUACGACAUACUAGUACCAUGUGGAAAAUUGCACUGCAACAUUUUUGGUAUCUAUCACUAAUUGAAGUCGAUAGACGGGGUCUGGGGAUGAAUGGGGAGGAGAGAUACCCGGCUUCUCAGGAGGCGUGCAAGUCACCAGAUUGUGCGAACAUAUCAGCUACUAUCGACUGAAUUGUAUAUAGUCUUAGUAUGUAGUUGGCGUGGUAGCAAUGGCAGUCUUUGGACUGGCUACGGUGAAGAUACAAAUCCAAAAAAAAGUUCUAAAAAUAUUCCAA